CUUCUUACACCGCCACUCAUUUUUCUUUUUCAGUUCAUUCGCUUUCCCCUGUUACCUGUGGCCCUCACAAUUUUUUCUCGACACAGAAUCUAUAUUGCUGUCUUUUUUUUUUGGUAUUAUUGUCUCGCAGAAGAACUCUAGAACUAGGUGCUCGACAAAAUUUGCACUUCCUUUUGUUUUAUGGGUUUGCCUCUUUUUUUUUUUUUUUGGGGUGGGUCUUAAUUGUUUUGAUAAGCAUGAAGGGUGUGUUUUUUUCGGUUAGAGUGAUUUAGGGAGAACAUUGUAAGCGUGUUUGGUUCAUUUGCUGAUAUUUCAAGUUGACAUACUUGAGUUUUUCUUUCCUGUUGCUUCUUGGUACUUGAAACUGGAAGGGGUUCUAAUUUUCCCAAUAGCCGAAUCUUGAAAAGGGUCUAAAAUUUUUACAUAUUUUUAGUGCUUUGAUUCUAGUUACAGUGCUCCAGUCUUCAGUGAGAACCAAGCGUAUUUGGCACUUGCAGCCCUUUUUAAGUCCUAUAGGACUUGAAAAGGGUCGGCCGUUAUUCUGAGCGUUCUGUUAAUUUGAAGCCCUUUUCAAGUGCGUGAGAAGUUUCCCAAGUUUAUUUAUAGUUGCUCUUGUUUGAUACUUGAAGCUUGGAAGUAGUUGCAAGUUGUUCUUCCUUAUACAAGUUGUAAGCUUUGUGCCAUUGUUGUAUGGGCCAUGGCAUCAGUUUUUUCUUUCCAGCUAUCACCUUACUUUUUGACAAAUUCAGUAAUCAAGGGUCAGUUUCGAGUGAGAGUUCAGAAUGUAGGUAGUAGGGAAUCGAAAGUGCUCUCCUCUGAUUCAAUUGUAGUGAAUAAAACUUCUUUCAUUGAUCAGAAAAAGAAGAAUGGAGUUCUUUAUGAUGGAGGUACUGUGGUGGAAGAGGAGAGGGCUUUGAUUAAUGGAGAAAAUGGGAGAUUGGGAUCUGUAGCACAGAACAAGCGCAUGAAAGAUGUUUCAAAAGAUUUGGAAGCGUUGUGGGAUGAUGGAUAUGGCACCAAGACAGUGAAGGAUUAUCUUGAUGUAGCCAAGGAGAUGAUUAGGCCUGAUGGAGGGCCACCUCGGUGGUUUUGCCCCCUUGAGUGUGGACAGCCUCGAAAAAAUUCUCCAACUCUUCUGUUUUUACCAGGGAUGGAUGGUGUUGGCUUGGGACUUAUUUUGCACCAUAAAGCCCUUGGGAAGGUGUUUGAGGUAUGGUGCCUUCAUAUUCCAGUGUACGACAGAACACCAUUUGAAGGACUAGUGAAAUUUGUUGAAGAAACAGUGAGGACUAAGCAUGCUGCAUCACCAAAUAGACCAAUUUAUCUAGUGGGGGAUUCUUUUGGAGGAUGUCUCGCACUUGCUGUUGCUGCCCGUAAUCCUAAAAUUGACCUUGUCCUGAUACUAGCCAAUCCAGCCACAUCAUUUGGCAGGUCACAACUACAGCCCCUGCUUCCAAUUUUGGAGGCUUUGCCUGAUGGAUUACAUGAUACAGUUCCCUACCUUCUUAGCUUUGUUAUGGGUGAUCCAUUGAAGAUGGCAACGAUUGGUAUCGAAAAUAGGCUUCCUCCCAAAUCAAAAAUUGAACAGUUGUCUGGAAAUCUCACUGCUUUGUUACCACUUCUUUCUGGUCUGGCUGAUAUUAUUCCAAAAGAAACUCUUCUUUGGAAGUUGAAACUGCUUAACUCAGCUGCUGCUUAUGCCAAUUCCCGCCUUCAUGCCGUAAAAGCUGAAGUGCUAGUGCUUGCGAGUGGCAAAGAUUAUAUGCUUCCCAGUGCUGAUGAAGCUAAGCGUCUUAAAAGUUCACUACAAAAUUGCAACGUUCGUCUCUUCAAAGACCAUGGGCAUACAAUUUUACUGGAGGUUGGAAUUAGUCUGCUCACUAUUAUUAAAGGUACUUCCAAAUAUCGUUGUUCAAGGAGGCUCGAUUUUGUCUCAGACUUUGUACCCCCUAGUAUGUCAGAAUUCAAAUAUGCCUCUGAUGAAGCUUUUGGAUUUAUAUGUGUUGCUACUGCUGCUGCUAUGUUUUCAACUCUAGAUGAUGGACGGAUAGUGAAAGGCCUUGCUGGGGUUCCAAAGGAAGGUCCUGUCUUGUUUGUUGGUUACCACAUGCUGAUGGGAUUUGAACUUUCGCCUCUCGUAGAAGGAUUCUUGAGAGAGAAAAUUGUUGUGCGUGGUCUAGCACAUCCAGUACUCUUUACAGAUUCGCAGGAAACUUCAACUUCUGAAUUUUCUCUACAAGAUUGGUUGAAAGUAAUGGGUGCUGUACCAGUUACAGCUAGUAAUAUUUUCAGAUUGCUUUCAACAAAAUCGCAUGUGCUUCUUUAUCCUGGAGGUGCACGGGAGGCUCUGCAUUAUAAGGGUGAAGAGUAUAAAUUAUGUUGGCCUAAACAACAAGAAUUUGUGAGAAUGGCUGCAAGGUUUGGGGCCACAAUUGUGCCAUUUGGGACUGUAGGAGAAGAUGACAUAGCAGAAUUGGCUCUUGACUACAACGACCUAAAGCAAAUCCCUUUGGUUAAUGACUUUAUUAGAGAGAUGAGUCGCAAUGGUCCGAGACCCAGAGAUGAGAGUGCAGGAGAGGUUGCCAGCCAAGAUAUAUUUAUCCCAGGACUUUUGCCUAAGGUUCCUGGCCGAUUUUAUUACCUCUUCGGAAAGCCCAUUGAAACGAAGGGGAAGGAAGAGCUUCUGAAAGACAAAAACUAUGCAAAUGAGUUGUACUUGCAGGUAAAAUCUGAUGUUGAACACAAUAUUGACUACUUGUUGAAGAAGAGAGAGGAGGAUCCUUAUAGGAGUGUCAUUGAUAGAACAUUAUAUCAUGCAAUUUAUCAUCCUCGGCAAGAGGUUCCAUCCUUUGAUCCCUGAAAUAAGGAUAGACAAGGCAGAUUUAGUUGUAUCAAUGGCGAGUUUAAAUCGUGCUGGACUGGCUUUCCUGCUUAAAUUACACUUUCUGGAAGCUCCAUAAUCACUAUAGUUCAUGGGGUACCUGCCAACUGAACCAAAUUGGAGUACGCAAUUCUUUCACCGAGAACUUUUAACAAAGUGGAGGCCGGCGGGCCCAGCUUUGGCCCUUUGCAGGAAAUUGGCGCCAGACCAUUACAGCGACAGGCUUUCCUAGAAAUACCGGUGGCGAUAACAAGUUCAAUGAUUAUAGCAACUAAGGAUGGUAGAAGCCCAGUGGUAAUGAUGCAUAUCUAAAUGACAGUUGAUUUUGGUUUCUUCAUUAAGCAAUGGAACCAGCCAUUGUCACCAGCGGUGGUGGUCUAGGCCAAGUCAUUUGAAAAUGGGUGCAACUCCCAAUUCCACCAUCUCCAAGCCAACAAGUGAUAUCGGCAUAGCAACAGGAUUUUUCAAGGAACCCGCCUAAACUUCUGCUAAAACUGAUCUACGUUUCGGGUCUGCAGAGCCAGCCUAUGUGAAUCGAAGCUAGCCAAUGGAGCCUGCCAUGAUAACCCGCAGCCCGUGGGUCAGGCCAAGUUUUGCAACAUGGACCUAACCACCUGACACCAACCUCUCCAAAUUUACAAGUGAUAUCAAUGGCAGCCAUUGGAUUCUGAGAGAAGCCGCCGAGCCUCCUGUCUAUACAGCUACCAACAGCUGGGAUACUGAGCCAGGCUUCACAACAAAAACCAUCGGCAGCAGGGAAGCUUCAAAGUUGUUCAAUUUUGCAUCCACAUGAACACGAUGUUUAAAUAAUGAAUAAAUUCUAAUUUGCUAGAAAAGUGAACUUGUGGAAAUUAUCUUCCUACCAUUGCUAUUGCUCGCAGAACUUAUGCUAAAUUUUCCAAGUUCUUAAACCUAAAGUAUUUGGG